AUCGUUUCUGAGACAUUACAGCACGUGAUUGUGACAAAGAUUACAAUUAGCAGUGGUAGCAACAAUAGUUUUCUAUCCAGUCUUUGUAUUUGCAACGGGAGAGGUUCGAGGUGGUCGAUGCAUUGCAUUCCGAGAUUUUACGAUUUCGAAAAUCAUUCAGUGACCCAGUACUAACCAGUCAGAUUGCAGAGCCAAUAAUAAGAAGGAAAAAAGAAGUCUUUCUAGGCAUUGAUUUACUUCCGAUACGGCAAGUUCAUCAAACAAAUCAACGAGACAGCCGCAAGAAAAUUGUACUUGGUAGAAUUGAGAUUAUUGCAAUCAUGUUACAAAGCAAAUUACGUCAGACAAUACUGAAAUAUACGGAUUAUUUUCUAUCGCUCGUAGAGAAGUGUAUGGAAUGGAGUCUGCCUGAACAGAAUAUCGAAGAUGAAAAAGAAUUGGGAAAAACGGAACUUGUGAGACCAUUGCCAUGGCUCUUAUUCUUGCCGUGCUUAAUGAUGUUACGUUUAAUCAGAGUGAUAGUUAAUAUAGGUGCUUUCAUAUUCAAUUAUCCUAAAAUCACAUCAAGUGAAAUGAUAAAAUUCGUGCAAAAACAUCGUAAGUAUUUGCAUAAUGCAAUGAAGAAAGACAAGAAGGAGAGGUAUAAGCUCAAGGUAACGACAUCCAAAGAAAAAUCGGAAGAAAAGUCAGAAGAAAAACCGGAAGAAAAGUCAGUAGCAGAAUCAAUCGAUUCUACGACUGCAUCAAAACAUUCAAUGUGCAAAUCGGAAGAAAAGAAGCAGGAGGAAGAGGAAAAAGAAGAGAGGGAGGAAACUCUGAUUGAAAAGAUUAAUCGACUCGCUUUGGAAAAUAGUGAGGACGAUGAAGAUUUUGAGCCAGACGAAUAUUCGUCGAGCUAUACGGACAGUAUCGGUGGUGACAGUGAGAACAGCAACGAUGACGUGUCCCCGAAUGAGAUUCGCGACAUCAUUAAAGACUCAAAAGCGUUCAAUGAAAAGACGAUCAUCGAGCAGUUUUUGAAUGCCGAGCAAACUUUCACAUUGGCUUCUAACCAGAAACUCGUCGAACCGGCUUGCGAAAAGAGAUCGUCGGCCAAGGAGAGCUGCGAUAAGGUAGAAGAGCGCUUCGCGACUUUGCAGCGUAUCGAUUCGUUAGAGUGUUGUACGUCCGACAGAUCCAGUCAAGAAGGCAAUCCGACCUUCUAUUCGCCAGUCAGCUCUGAUUCGGAUAGUGACAUACCGAAGGACCUAUCGGUAUCGAUCGCCAAAUACUCGAAAUCCAGACAGACUAAUAACAACGACGCAAUAGUGGAGAAGCACAGUACAAACCUGAGUCACAAAGUAUAUAUUCUUCUUUCGAAACGAUUUCUCAGCCAAUGAUGAUCAUGGAAUAAAUUGCAGAUGCUCAUUUGUUUGUAUCUAAUUUUGAUUAUUUUAAUUUCGAUCAUCAAAAUGCACAAAAAUCGGCA